GAAAUAUUAACACAAGCCGACGGGAAGGUGCCACCUCUUUGACCGCAGACGCUCCCUCGCGUCGCUUUCUGAGCCACCCGAGAAGGAUACCCACCCUGUUCUCUUCUCCCGGUCUCUCUCUCGCUUGCCUUCCGCUCGAAUUGAGCUCCUGAAUUUGCUCGUCACUGCAGGAUCCUUGCAAGAAAAAGAUCCCUUCUUUGUCGAUUCAGACGUGGAAUCCCAUAAACCUUCUAAGGAGAUUCGAUUAUUUGUUUUCUUUUUCUUGGUACAGGAAGAGAGUAGUUGAAAUUUCAUUUGUUAUCUUUUUGGUGCUGGGUUGGUGGUGGAAGGGAGAAGACCGGAAGAGGUCAAAAUUCCACGGCCCCGCUUUUCUUGGGCUCCAAAGUCGGUGAUAUCAUCAAGAAAUAAAAAACGAGUAAAAGUUCGGAUUUUUAUAUUUCGAUCCAGUUGUUGAGGCGGCUGCUCUGUGUUGCGUUUGGUGGGAGGGAGGGAGGUGGCGAAAUCUUCCGUCUUCAUCUCCCUUAUUAGGUGUGUGGUAGGCGCUAUUGUUGGAGGAGAGGCGGAAUGGGGACUUAUCCCAAGCUCUCAAAGAGAGCACUUGAGACGGAGACGCCCGUCAUGAUCCAGAUUCAAGAAUUGAUGCGUGGAGCCAAGGAUGCGGUUUCACUAGCUCAGGGGGUUGUUUAUUGGCAGCCACCAGAACAAGCUUUAGAGAAGAUCAAAGAACUUGUGUGGGACCCUUCAACUAGUCGUUAUGGUGCUGAUGAGGGUUUGCCAGAAUUACGGCAGGCUUUGGUUGAGAAGUUACGAAGGGAGAAUAAUCUGAAUAAGUCUUCGGUUAUGGUCACAGCUGGAGCAAAUCAGGCUUUUGUAAACAUCGUCCUUACUUUGUGUGAUCCUGGGGAUUCUGUUGUGAUGUUUGCACCAUAUUACUUCAAUGCAUACAUGUCAUUUCAGAUGACCGGUGUUACCGACAUAUUAGUCGGACCAAGUGAUCCGAAAACUCUUCACCCGGAUGUAGUUUGGUUAGAAGAGACUCUAUCACAAAAUCCAGUUCCCAAGCUGGUUACAGUUGUAAAUCCGGGAAACCCAUCAGGGGCCUUCAUCCCGGAGCUUGUUCUGCAGAAAAUAUCGGAUCUCUGUAAAAGAGCUGGUGCAUGGCUUGUUGUAGACAACACAUAUGAGUACUUUAUGUAUGAUGGACUGAAGCAUUUUUGUAUUGAGGAUAGUCACAUUGUCAAUUUGUUCUCCUUCUCCAAAGUCUAUGGAAUGAUGGGAUGGCGUGUUGGAUACAUAGCAUACCCAGAAGCAGUCGAUGGUUUUGGAGCUCAGCUUCUCAAAGUCCAGGACAACAUACCCAUCUGUGCUUCUAUUAUUGGGCAGCGUCUGGCUCUCUACUCCUUAGAGGUCGGGCCUGAAUGGAUUAGAGAAAGGGUACAGACCCUUGUGAAGAACAGGGAGUUGCUCGUGAAGGCUUUGGCUCCGCUUGGGGAAGAUGCCGUCAAGGGUGGAGAAGCGGCCAUCUAUCUCUGGGCAAAGCUUCCUGACAAGUUCCCUGAUGAUUAUGAGGUCGUCAAAUGGCUAGUGAGGAAGCACCGCGUGAUCGUCAUUCCUGGGAGUGCCAGCGGCAGUCCAGGCUACGUACGUAUAUCAUUUGGAGGCCUGCAAGAGGCUGACUGUGAGGCUGCUGCCAGUCGAUUGAGGAAGGGUUUGGAAGAGCUGGUGAGGGAUGGCAUGGUUCAAGAACACAAUGGGCCUGCUGCAAUUGUGUAUUAGAUUUUUCUACAAUAAGCGCCAAGAUAUCGAUCGCCUUCAAGCAGAAAGCGAUGGCACGUAUUGGCGAAAACCAUGCAGACAGCUUCAACUGCUCAGAUUUCAAAAUACAGUGAUCAUGUUCCAUUUGCCUUGUUGAACUUCGACAAAUAGCAAGACUUUGCCACAACAGUUGGCCACCGCCUUGUUAUAUCUUCUUUUUUUCUCAUUUCAACAAUGAAAAUUGAUGAACACCAGUGAUCAUUUUAGACA